AUGGAACCUCCAGAAUCACCGAAACUGCAUGCUGGGCCGCAGGACAACAGCCAGGCAAGAGCAGCCAGCCACUCAUCUCAAAACUCGACGCCUUCGCUGAUGCAGCGGAAAUUUAUGGCUGCUGACGUAGCCGAAGAAGAAUCAAAAGCAGACUGGAACCGGCGCGCAGCUGCUAUUCAAGAGGGCAUGAUGGAGGAACGCGAGCGCAAGGAGUUAUACUUCUUCUAUGGCUCUCUCAUGGAUCCAACGCAGCUGCAACGUGUUCUCGGCCUCAAGGACCGGCCGAGGAAUUUGGUACCGGCCGAGAUUAUUGGGUAUCACAUUCAGAUGUGGGGACCGUACCCAGCGCUGCUCGAUGGACCCCCCGGAAAUGUGGUUAAGGGCGUGGCAUAUGAGGUUGAGGGUCUAUCUGAGAAGCUUUCCCAAGUCUCGCCGUCACAGCUGUACCGUUCGCUGCUAAGGAUAACGAUGCACCUCAACACUCUCUUGGCGGCUUUGGCUGCAUUCGCCACCUCCCCGGUGUCUGCUGCGCUCCGUACUCGCCAUGGGAAUUCGGCCCUGCCAAAGCGUCCAAAUAUCACCCCAGCUCCGUACGGAACCGGCAAGGAGUUCCCUUACUCGCCACCGAGAGACGAGGGCCGCUACUGCUACGUCGAGCCGGGGUCCGCAAACGGCACGACCCGCGACGACGCACCCGUGAUCUUGAAGGCAUUCCAAGACUGCAACGAUGGAGGCACGAUCGUGCUUGAUCAGUCAUACCUUAUCGGGUCACCUUUAGACCUCACUUUCCUUGAGCACGUGGACGUCGUCAUCACUGGAGAAGUGGCCUUCGACGACAGUGAUGUUUAUUACUGGGCGCGUAACAGCUUCAAAUAUGCCUUCCAGAACAUGUCUUCUUUCUGGAAGGUGGGCGGAGAGGAUAUCAAUAUCUAUGGCGACCUCAGCAACAACCGCUCCGUGAUCAAUGGCCGUGGCCAGGCAUAUUGGGAGGAGAAUGCCAGAAACAGCUCACUAUUUAGACCACAGCUGUUUGUCAUCGAUGGAGCAAAGGGCGUGGUCAUGUCCAAUCUGCGCAUGCGCAAUUCUCCCAAUUGGUUCAACAUGAUCGCCAAUGCAACGGACGUUAUCAUCAGCAACAUGGACCUCAUAGCCACUAGCACCGGCGGCGUCAAGAUCGCCAACUCGGACGGCUGGGACACGUACCGGUCCGACCGCGUGGUCAUCCAGGACUCGGUCAUCAUCAACACGGACGACUGCGUCUCGUUCAAGCCAAACAGCACCAACGUCGUCGUGCAGAACCUUGACUGCACGGGCUCGCACGGCAUCAGCGUCGGGUCGCUCGGCCAGUACAAGGGCGAGACGGACAUUGUCGAGAACCUGUACAUCUACAACAUCUCCAUGGCUGACGCCAGCGACGCAGCACGCAUUAAGGUCUGGCCUGGCGUUGAGACGGCGUUCCAGGACCUUCUGAAUGGCGGCGGCGGGCUGGGCCGUGUGAGGAACGUGACGUAUGACACUUUCUACCACGAUAACAACGACAGGGCGAUUACUAUCACGCAGUGCUAUGGGCAGAAGAACCAGUCUAUCUGCAACGAGUUUCCGGCUAACUUGACCAUCUCCGAUAUCACCAUGAGGAACUUCUGGGGGACUGUAUCAGACAAAUACGACCCAGAGGCCGGAACGCUUGUUUGCAGCGCAGCAGAUCGCUGCAGCAACAUCGUGGCCCAGAACAUAUCUGUCAACGUGCCUAGCGGAGAGCCGCCCAUUUACGAAUGUUCAAACGUCGAUGCUGAGUUGUUGGAUGUGACCUGUGUAGACCCCGAGGGAGAUCGGGAUACCGGAAGCGGAUGA